UGCAUUGAGAGUGGCUUUCAUUGUUGUGUCCGCUUUCACACCGUUUACUGACUCUCUGUUCCCACACUUGGAGACACACUUCGGGCCAUCGCUGUCCACAUCACAUGCAGACAUCACUCAAUUGAUUCCCAACGACACUCCUCUCACGCCAUUCACACCAUACUGUCGCUGACAGACAGUACUUCCAGUCAAUCCAUACGUUUCGCACAGUAUUUGACUGCAAAUUAAAGCCGAAAGGAGUUGAUUGUUAUCACCAUUUCUGGCCAUUGAUUGUCGUUUUAGACACCAUUUGCUGUAUUGAGACAUUUAUAUCAAUCCAUUCACUCGAAGAGUGUUUCAAUCAAAGAAAUCGUGAGAAAUGCCGAACUCUUCCUCACCGGAACCGUCGGAUCGAAGUGAAGACAAUUCAUAUAAUAGUGAUUCAAAUGCUAAUCAUAACAACAAUAAUAGUUAUAAUGAAAACAAUAGUGAGAGUGAAGUCAAUAAUGAUUCAGACAAUGAUUCCGAUGACGACAAGCCAUUAGCCAAUCGGUUGAACACAACCAACGAUGGAAGCGAUUCCGAUGAGAAUAAUGGUAACAAUAAUGGCAACGAUUACGACAGCGAAUCACAGUCGCAGACAAACAACAACCAUAGCUCUCAGUCCAUCAAACGAGAGAGAAGUGACUCGGAGGAGGACAGCGACGACGAGCCGCUCUCCAAGAAGUUGAACAAAAGCGUGAAGAAAGAAAAGAGCGAUUCCGAUGACAACUAUUCGCCGAAAUCCAAGAAAGAGACGAAAGUGAAGAGCGAGAAGAAUGACGUGAAAGUGAAAAAAGAGCCAAAAAGUGCGAAACGGAAGAAGGACUCGGAUUAUGAGAGCGAUUACUCGGACGAUGAGGACUACGGCCAUAAAAAGAGUAAAAAGAAAUCCAAGUCUUAUUCGGAUGACGACAACGACUACAAAGACUCGAAGAAGAAGAAGAAGUCGUCGAAAAGUGGUAAAAAAGACGCGAAGAGUGACACCAAGAAUAAGAAGAGCGUUAAAAAAGAGGUGAAUUCGAGUCCAGAGAAGAGUCCGAAGAAGAAAGUGAAGAAAGAGGAGAACGAGGAGCACAUCUGGAAGUGGUGGGAGGAGGAGAGGCCCGGGGAAGGCAUCAAAUGGAAGACGUUGUCACACAAGGGACCGGUGUUUCCCCCGCCGUACGAACCCCUCCCGAAAAGUGUGAAAUUCUAUUACGAAGGAAAGCCAUUGAGGCUAAAGCCAGAGGCCGAAGAAGUGGCGGGUUUUUACGCCCGUAUGUUAGACCACGACUACGUCACCAAAGAGGCCUUCAAUAAGAACUUCUUUAAGGACUGGAGGAAGACUAUGACUGAAGACGAAAAACAUACGAUAACUGACUUAAAGAAAUGUAAUUUCUCUGAAUUGGGCACUCAUUUCAAAGAGGAGUCCGAAAAACGCAAACAAAAGACAAAAGAAGAGAAACAGGAGAUUAAGAAACAGAAUGAGAAACUCAUUGAAGAGUACGGCUAUUGCAUAGUCGACGGACACAAACAAAAGAUCGGGAACUUCCGUAUCGAACCGCCCGGACUGUUCAGAGGCCGCGGAGAGCACCCAAAGAUGGGUAAACUGAAGAAAAGGGUUCGACCCGAAGAUAUCAUAAUAAACAUCGGCAAGAAAGCAGAGGUACCGCCGGCGCCGUCGGGUCGCAAGUGGAAGGAAGUGCGUCACGACAAUACGGUCACGUGGUUGGCCUCCUGGACCGAGAAUGUGAUGGGAAACGUGAAGUAUAUUAUGUUAAACCCGUCGUCGAAGCUCAAGAGUAUCAAAGACUGGCAGAAGUAUGAAAAGGCCCGCGAAUUGAAGAAAUAUAUCUCCAAAAUCCGAGACGACUACAGGUGUGACUUCAAGGCGCGAGAAAUGGUGAAACGGCAGCGCGCCGUCGCUCUCUAUUUCAUCGAUAAGUUAGCCCUAAGAGCCGGUAAUGAGAAGGAAGAGGGAGAG